ACGGGCAGCAUCAUCCGCCGCGACGCUUUUCCGGGCUCGGCUUUCACUAGGCGUUGCUUUCAAUGAUCUCAAAAUAGCGGAAUGUCUGAUACGUGCAUGUAUUUUACCGCCCAAGGAUCCAGCUGUUGUUUUAAACUAAAUUUUAUAGGCCCGUUUUGAACAUUUAUAAAAACCCAAGGAUUACCCACACCGAGAAGCGAUGUACCAAUUUUGUAUGGAAAAUGCCAUUCUUCAUCGAUCUCACGACUAAAAGGUUUUGGUUUGGAUGAAGUUUAAUGCAGAUGUUGCUCCACACAGGACAAUAACUGUGAGCGCUUGAGCCUGAAUAAGAGAGUAAAUGAAUCAUGGCUUACAGAGGAGCUCAGAAACCUCUGAAAAGUGAGAAGUUAGAUGAAGCUCAAGCUUUGGCCAAAAGCUGUGCGGGCCGCCCAGACUUUCUCCCCUGUGAUGGAUUGUCCAUCUGCGCUACACACAGCCAUGGAAAGUGUUUCAAACUGCACUGGUGCUGUCAUUUGGGCUGGUGUCACUGUAAAUACGUAUACCAACCCAUGACCAAUGUUGGGCUACUACCCAGCACGUGUGUGCCUGCCGCUCCAUCCGACUGCACAAACACCAUCGAUCUUUCCAUCUCCCUGAUGGAACGCUUUCGCAUCUCCCCCUGCUUCCUGCCUCCACCAUGUCCGGAGUCCCCAAAGUACUGCAACAUUGCUGAACUCUUUAUUGAUGAUUACAUCGUCAAACGCAUCAAUGGCAAGAUGUGCUAUGUUCAACGACCCCAAGUGCAUCAGGAGGCUCCUCCUACCCCACCUCAGAGAAAUCCGGUUUCCCAGAAGGAACGAGAAGAGAAACAGACUGUUGUUGAUACGGUUAAAGGACCUAAAAUGGGCCACUGCUCUUCUCCUUCCAGCUCAGAGGAUUCAGGGAUCAAUGCUCUAGAAGGGCACUAUCUAGAGUCCUGUGAGGAAGAAUCUGAGGAAGACGAUGAGCUUAGCAUGGAUGGAAACUCCAGUCCAGGAAGUCUGUGGGAACAGGAUGAAUGCACCCUACUAUCCCCAUCAAAAUCCAUGGUGGAAAUUAUUGAAAAUAUUGAAACCACUGUGUGACACAAUUCACUUUCUAGACUGAAUAUUUACUCUUUCUAUUAUUUUAAAAUCUCUCUCUCUCUUUGUAAAGAGUAAUUGUGUUUAAUGAAAUAUUGUACGUAGAGGAAAUGCUAUAAAUACACUGCUACACUUUACAGUAGUCUUUUUACAGGUUACAGGAGUUUACCAAAUCGCUGUUUACCUUAAUCCACACUACUCCUCCUUAUUACACCUCAUAUGUUUCAACAUUUGAGGUUGAACAGCACUGUGCACAACCUUUAUAACUGCUAUAAGCUCAGACAGCUGACUUUAGGUUAACUAUUAAAUACUUCAAAAGAGAAAAGACAUCAAUUCGGUGAUUCAGAACUGCAAUUUUCAUUCUUUUGUUAGGGGAAGAGUUACAUUCAUACUGUACAGUGCAUUUAAGGUAUAUAAUUUAUCAUUGAGUGUUGUGUUUCUUGGGAGGCAAAACCCUUGAGCAGUGGACAGGUUUAGUCAGAGAGUAAGCAAUGAAGACAAGGAUCCUUUAGUCCAUAUUGAAGUUUACUACUGAAUGUUGCGGUUGGUUCAUCCUGUAGUUUGGUGAGCAGAAUGCUUUUCUGCUCUUUGAAAAUGUAUUAGUUCGCUUUGAGUGCGUUAACACAACCGGCCUUUUAAAAUGCUGACUUACAUAACAGCACGCAAAGCCCUAUGCAGUGCUAUUAAGAGACAUCAUGCUAUAUUUUUUUUAUCAAGGCUAAUUUUAUUCAAAAACAAAGAACAAAUUAAACUGAAUUCAAAUUAUCUUCAUUGUACUCAAUUUAAUUAUAGUCAUGUCUUCCCUUGAGUGGCUGUGAUUGUUAAAUUAUUAAGGUCUCUUUAACCAAAGUUUCCUGGUAAAGGGUUCUUUUAAGAUGCUCUAUUAUCCUAAAGGGAUAGUUUACUCCAAAAAGAACAUUAUUUCAUCAUUUUCUAAAUCUUUUGUCAUUUUAAAUUUGUAUGACUUUGUUCUACUAAAAUCAGAACGUUGGCGAUACCCAUUCACUUCUAUUGUACGGACAAAAAACCUUGGGUAGCGCCGUUGUUCGUUUACCAAAGAAAGACAUACAGGUUUAUAAUGACAAAAAGGGUAAGGGUUUGUUUUGUUCAGUUUUGGGUAAACUAAAUACUCUGCUUUGAUGAUUCAGUCUUUUGUUGUUAUAACUCUUAAUUUUCAUUCAAUCACUUAAAAUGUUUAUCCUUGUCUCGUUCAUGAUUUAAUAUAUUAAAAGUUCAUAUAGUCCACACAAACCUCUCUAAAAUGAUUUAUUCCCUCGCUGCAGGAUACUGCCUUGGUUUAUGAUAAUCAUGAAUUUUAAUUUAAAAUUAAAUGUUUUCCAGAUGGAAAUCAAGCAGCCAGCUGGCUUUAUACAAUCGCUUUCAAACCGAUAAAUUAUCAUGUCUAUCAUUCAUGUCAAAUCUGGUGAAAUUUGAAUGCAAGGGUCAUGUUAUUUUAACGCACUUACUACAGUAUAAGUAUAUCAGUCAGUAUAAAAAAUCGUAGGAAUCUGUCAGCCUGAUUUAGCCUGAAUCGUGAUUAUUCGUAACUUUUUUACGAGGUGGCAUUGUAAUAAGUCAUACAAUGUGUAUCAUACAAAAAUGUUACUGGCGUGUAAGCCAAAUGUACUAAAACUUACAAAUGACAUUGUAUGAAUUGAAAUGAAUUAGACACUUUGUAAAAUAGUUACAAAGUCAUCCCCUGUACAGUACGGCUUGAUUCAUACUUCAAUGCAAGUUUAUAAGCUUUCUUGAAGUUAUACAUUGUCUGCCAGGUGAAAAUCUAAGUUGCUUGAAAAUAGAAAAAUCUAUAGAUUUAAAGAUUCACGAAUACUACAUUUCUACACCAAUACCCAUUGAGUGAUAUCUGUCCAGACCGAUUCUGAAGAUUAAAUUAAUAUUUCUUAGCUUUCUGAAUGUUAUUAAUUAAUAUAAUGACUAUUAAUAUUGAUCAUAAAAUUAGUGAUGUUUAUUAAAGGGAUAGUUCACCAACAAAUAAAAAUUCUGUCAUCAUUUACUCACCGUCAGAUUAAACCAAACCUAGUAAAAUUUCUUUGAUCUGCAGAACACAAGGGCAGAUAUUUGAAAGAAUGUCAGUAACCAAACAGGUCUCAUCCCUCAUUGACUCCCAAUAGUAUUUAUUUUCCCUACUAUGGCAGUAAAUGGGGGAUGACAUUUGGUUACUGACAUUCUUCCACAUAUUCCAAAUAGAUGAAAAUGUAAAAAUUUAAUGUAAAAUAUCUAAAGACAUCACAUUUGAAGCAACAUUUCAGUCCCCCUACACCCUGCAGUCUUUACUUUUCUACAGUAGUUUCGAGCUGCAUAUACAGUAGACCAAAUGGAGCUUGUGAUGUGUUUCAAUCUUCUCCCCUGAGACUUCCGAACAUCUCUUUCAGUAAACAACUGAUUGAUUUCUUCUCCUACUUGGUGUCAUAUUACUGCAGCAUAUUUCUGUAUAGCUGUCUCUUACACUGCAUAUCUAAGACAGCACUGCAGAGCUACUCAAUCUGCGACUGUGUGUUCAGUAACCAUCUUUUAUAAACAAGAACUGAGUCUUUGGUUGUGACUGAAUGACAUUAAUUAGAAAUUAAGUAUUAAUUAAAAAUACACUCAAUAUUUUUUGACAUUUACUACCCCCCCAAGUGAAAUUUCUUUGUGGAGAACGAAAAAUAAUCUCAAUGCAAAAUGGCGGUUUAAUUUGAACACAUAAUCCUCUAAAAAUAUACAUUUUUAAAAUAUACUGUGUACACGGAGUCAAUUCAACCCCCAUCUUAUGACACUGUACUUCUCAAGGUCACAUGAGCAGACGCUCACCACACAACCUACUUAUUUUCACAAGGGUAAUCUUUCCGUUUCAGUAAUAAUAUCUCACUGAUUGAAGUAAAUCAAGCCUCUAGGAUGAAACCUCACCAAUAGUUCACCUGAUAAACGGCUGUCAGUCUACGGUCCAUGUACAGACCUUUGAGGGAGAUCUGGGUCUGAUAAGCUCCGUAAAUGUCUGUGAGUCACCCUGCUGGGUCCAACGCUGCGCUUGCCCUGUAAAAUAUUCAUUGCUUUUCUCUGCUUCUCAAAGAUUGUUUUAAGGGUUUGAAUUUUUAUCUUUUUCUUUUACAUGGCUCUCAAUUCAGACUAACCUUUCACAAACAGAGCUUUUUUAAAGAAAACAGAUGCUGGGUCAAGGCAGAUGCUGGAUCAAGAUGCAGGUGAAACUUACAAAAUAUAUCACUAGAAAUAAUAUCGCUAUUGUUUGGAUGGGUGCUGUGCAAAUUGAUGGGAUUUGUAUGGCCAGUGUGCGCUUGAAUUUUGGCUCAUGCAUUGGCAGUGAGACAGAAGUUUAUUACUGUGUGUGGGUGUGUGUCUUUGCAUGUUAUUGUGGGUGGUAAUACAUAUAUAGUAGUGUGAGUCAUAGGUGUCUAGAUGGUAAUGACUUCACUGUUCAGACUAUAAAUGUGAUUUAGGUAAUAGAUUUGAAGUGUUACUUCCUGUCAAACCUUCUAUUCACUUAAGGCUGAAGUGUUAUGACCCUGAAGCAUUGUGAAUAACUUUGAAGGAAAAUAUCACAAUAAAU